GGUCCUUCCCACCUUUAUAAGAACAGUGUGUGAUGGUACAGGGCCAGUCAACACGUAGUAUGAGUCAGAAACAUCCCACUGUGGAGGAAGUGCCUUUGAUAAUUAUGGAAGCUCGUGAUUCAGACAGUAUGGAUGAGCUCUGCAUGGAGCCCAGUGCUGACUACCAGACCAUGAGACAAAAGACGCACACAGGGGCCAAGGAUAGUCCUGUUAGCAAUGGUGGAACCUACUUUGAAGAGAAGAUAUCUAUUCCACAGUCAGAAGAUUAUUCUUUUAGCUUCAGAAAGUUGUGGGCCUUCACAGGACCAGGGUUCCUCAUGAGUAUUGCAUAUUUAGACCCUGGAAACAUCGAGUCUGACUUACAGUCGGGAUUUGUUGCUCAAUACAAGCUUCUCUGGCUGUUGCUUCUCGCCCACAUCAUGGGGUUAGUACUACAGAGACUAUCAGCCAGACUGGGGGUGGUGUCAGGCAUGCAUCUAGCAGAGGUGUGUCACUCACAAUACCCCAGGGUACCCAGACUUGCCUUAUGGGUGAUGGUGGAGAUAGCUAUCAUUGGCUCAGACAUGCAGGAGGUUAUUGGGUCAGCAAUAGCUCUUAAUCUACUCUCUGCUGGAAAAAUCCCUCUUUAUGGAGGUGUGCUUAUAACAAUCACAGACACAUUCGUGUUCUUGUUCCUAGACAAAUAUGGUCUACGAAAACUUGAGGCCUUCUUUGCCUUUUUGAUCACCGUGAUGGCCUUAACUUUUGGAUAUGAGUAUGGGACAGUGGGACCAAACCAGGUAGAAGUACUGAAGGGCUUGUUUAUCCCUGGCUGUGCAGACUGUGGAUAUAAGGGAGCAGCUCAGGCUGUGGGAAUCAUCGGUGCAGUCAUCAUGCCUCACAACCUCUACCUGCACUCCGCAUUGGUAAAGUCCAGAGAUGUAGACAGAAACAAGAAAGAAGAUGUGAGAGAAGCCAACAUGUACUUCUUCAUCGAGGCUGCCAUCGCUUUGUUUGUGUCCUUCAUCAUCAACUUGUUUGUUGUUUGUGUGUUUGCAGAAGGGCUACACAACGUGACCAAUCAGGAACUGUAUAACCUCUGCACAAAAAAUGGAAACCCACAUGCUGCUAUAUUCAACACCACAGGAGACGUGGAAGUUGAUAUUUAUAAGGGGGGUGUGUUUUUAGGUUGUAAAUACGGAAUUGCUGCCAUGUACAUCUGGGCUGUUGGAAUCUUGGCUUCUGGGCAAAGUUCAACCAUGACAGGAACAUAUUCAGGGCAGUUUGUUAUGGAGGGUUUCCUGAAUCUCCAUUGGUCGAGGUGGAAAAGGGUGUUGCUGACAAGGUCCAUUGCCAUUGGUCCAACCAUCUUUGUGGCAGCCUUCAGAGGGGUCAACGACCUGACGGGCAUGAAUGACUUCCUGAAUGUUUUGCAAAGUCUUCAGCUGCCUUUCGCUCUGGUGCCCAUUCUGACCUUCACCAGUAUGUCUGGAAUAAUGGACGACUUUAAAAAUGGAGUAUUAAACAAGCUCCUAGUCUGUUCCCUGGCUAUAGCUGUCCUGGGGAUCAACUUCUACCUAGGAUUCAUCUCCAUAAAACAGUUACCCAAACACUGGGCACUCUACACCUUCAUAGCUGUACUUGUGCUGGCUUAUGUCACAUUUGUUUCAUAUUUGGCAUGGAGGUGUUUAAUAGCUCUUGGUUCCAGAUGUCUUGAAAAGCUUGCCUGUUGUCAUACUGCACAACCAACAUAUCAGCUGGACCAAAUGACUGAACUCCAAACAACAAACGACCUUUUCUCAUCUGAUGAAGAAGUGGACCAAAGCAGCCAUGCAGUUCAAAAAGCAGACUAAAAAAACAUGUUUUACAUAGAGUCUAUUUAAUAUACAUUUCUUGCCACCCGAUAGCAUUUACCUUUGAUGUACAUGUACUUAUGAAAAUGAAGUUACAUAUAUUGUGCAUAAUAUACUUUUAAUAGCAUUUCAAAGGAAGGAAUUCAAGUGUAAAUGACAGAUUUUGUAUACUAGUAGUUUUUUCUACAGUCAAGGCAACAUUCACCAUAUUUAAUCAUAAAGAUUACAUUGUACCCUAUUCACAAAAUUGAAUGCAAUCUUGUGCUGAAAUUGAAGUCAAUAUCAGUAUUCAUACUAGUAUGCCAAUGAAAUAAUUCAAUAGUCAAUUAUGAGUAGAAAUACAUUCUGCAUAAUGAUUUUUAAUUUUUGCACAUGGCAAUAUUCAAUAUGUUAGCCUAUGGACCUGCCAGUAAUCUUUUUGUCCUUUCUCUGCAAUAUGGAUACAAUAUGACCAAAGUUAAUAUGACCAAAGUUAAUAGAGAUAUGUGUAGGCCAGUCUGUCAUGUAUUUAUUUGUCAUAUAUAUUUUAAGUUUCUUGUAUGUAAGAUUGCAUAAUUCAAUUUCUUAGUACCUUAAACAAUGUGGCAAUCAAGGCGAAGAGGCUAUAAGACUUAUUGUGCAUUAACAUUUUUCUUCACUCAUAGGUCACACCAAUUUAAUUUGUUGGUUCUCGGAUUUUUGCAGAGAAAAUAUGAAGCGACAGGGCGAAAAAAAAUAAA